AUGUCUUUUAUUGGUUCUAUCGUAACUUUACGCUCAUUGGCAUUAGUGCUGCUUCUUCCGCCUCUACUAUGGCACUCAACAACUAGAAAUACUCCCGCAGUCAUCCUUAUAACAUGGUUAGUGCUUAUGAAUAUCAAGGGAAUUGUGGAUACAUCGGUAUGGGGAGGGGCCGAUUUUGAUGAACAAUGGCAUGGCUACGUUUGGUGUGAUUUUAUGGUGAGAUUGCAGGUCGGCGCCAACAUUGGUGUGUCUUGCGCUGUCGCUAACAUUGCGUAUAAUUUACACGUGAUAUUAAAGGCGAACGAUGUGCUACCUGACGCCAAGUCGGGGAGGAAACUAUUCGUUGAUUUAUGCUUCUGCUUACUGAUACCAUUCCUGGUAAUGCUUGGGUUGUAUUUUGUGCAGGUUUACCGUUAUGGUAUUUUCCAAUACAAUGGGUGUCAGCCAAUCCUAACACCUACGUGGGCCACGGUUUUAUUUUACACAAUGUGGAUGCCAUUGUGCUCGCUAGUCGGUUUUGUUUACGCUCUGCUAUUGUUGCGGGUGUUCUAUAAGAAGCGGAAGGACGUCAGAGAUAUUCUACAUUGCACCAAUUCCGGACUAAAUCUUUCAAGAUUUGCACGGUUGCUAACCUUCUGCUUGUGUAUCAUCCUCAUAAUGUUUCCCUUCUCGCUGUACUCGUUUAUUAGCGAGCUGGAGUAUGUGGACGGUGGCUACGACUUCGGUCUGCUCGCUACUUCACCAACGAGGAGCGAAGUGCUAUUCGAGCCUUCCACCCCCUCCUAUGACACAUGGCUCUACAUUACAAUGUCAUAUCUUGUUUUCCUAAUAUUCGGUCUCGGCUCUGACGCAGUUAAGCUGUACGCCAAGUGCGCAAGAGCACUUGGCGCAGGCGUUAUAUUGGACAGAUUAAACCGCUACUUACGCAACAACUCCAAUUCUCGUAUGUCGAGGCUCACGAAACAAUUCCUCUCCAAGCAAACACACUCCGAUUUCUACACCGGCACAAUGAGUGACUCCUCCGGCAUGCAUGGGGACAUAAAGACAGUUCAGACUACACCAACAAACUUUGUAAUUGACUACAGACUACCGCAGGACUUUAAAAGGCAAGAAAGACGCCGUAGAAAGGGAGCGAUGGUCGCCGACGUUAUACAGGGUCACCAUGCCGUCUCUUUUGAAGAUAUGAUGAAAUCCGUUAAUGACGAAAUAGACUUUAGCCAACCUGUUGAUACAUCACCUUUUACGGAAGUUGCUUAUAGUGAAAUAUCGGCUUUUGACAAGUCCGUUAAAGAGGUGGACGAAACGAUUAGUCUUGAAAGCGGUUCUACCCGAAACGAGAAAUGA